UCUGAAUUACAGUGGGAUGUGCCUGGCCUCUGAUACCCAAUUCAGUGACUUCCUGGAUGGGAUGGGCCCUGCACAGUUUGUUGGGCGACAGACACUAGCCACAACAUCAUUGGGUGAGAAUUACUAAACGCUGUGCUUGAGCUAAACCUGUGACUCAAGUCAUUAUAGUGGCUAUACAGAACUUUUGCUCUGGAGCCAAAAGAGGUCCCCUAAAUGGACGGAUAUAUUGUGCAGAAAUUACCUCAUUGGACAGAAGGGGCAACACCUCACCACCCUCAUGAGAAAAAUAUAUAGUGUUUUUCUGAAAGUAAAGAUUUGUGUGGUUUAGUGAGUAAUGAAAUGGAUUAAUAUUAUUUCAUGUGUAUGAACCAUACAGCCAACAUUCAAUAGUGGUAUAGUUGGUGAGCGUGUCUAUGCUCAUAGAUAUGUUUAUCAUUAUACAGGUGAUGUUGAAAUAGGCCUGCUGGAGAGAAAUGGCCUCUUGGAGGUGGAGAUCGUGCAGGCCAGAGGACUCACCCAGAAACCUGGAUCCAAAGGACCUCCAGGUGAGCAAGGAGCUGCAACCAUCUUAUCCCUUUAGUUCUCUGGGGGAUGAUAUCCGAUCAGAACUCAAAACAAACCCUAUAUUGCUGCACUGGGAAUGAGAAACAAAAAGUGUUUAAGACACUGCAAACCUUGUUCCUCAUGGUGGAUGUCUAAGUGUAAUCUUUAAUCUUGCAAUCUGAAAUGGGGGAUGAAAAGAGUAUCAUUGUGACCUGAUUGCUUUGAGGUAUCUACGCAUGCCCCAGAGACACGCAAUGUAAUAAUAUCGGUCUUCUCUCGUUGCCAGCGGCUUACAUUAAAGUGUACCUACUUGAAAAGGGGGUAUGCAUUGCCAAAAAGAAGACAAAGUCAGUUAGGAAAUCCCUGGACCCUCUGUAUAACCAAGCGCUGGUGUUCUCGGAGAGUCCACAGGGGAAAGUCGUUCAGGUAAGGUAAAACAGACUUCAUUCACUCUGAACAAAAAUAGAAACGCAACAUGUAAAGUGUUGGUUCCAUGUUGCAUGAGCUGAAAUAAAAGAUCUCAGAAAUUUUCCAUACACACAAAAAGCUUAUUUCUCUCAAGUUCUGUGCACAAAUUUGUUUACAUCCCUGUUAGUGAGCAUUUCUCCUUUGCCAAAAUAAUCCAUCCACCUGACGGGUGUGGCAUAUCAAGAAGCUGAUUAAACAGCAUGAUCAUUACACAGGUGCACCUUGUGCUGGGGACAAUAAAAGGCCACUCUAAAAUGUACAGUUUUGUCACACAACAAAAUACCACAGAUGUCUCAAGUUUUGAGGGAGCGUGCAAUUGGCAUGCUGACUACAGGAAUGUCCACCAGAGCUGUUGCCAGAUAAUUUAAUGUUAAUUUCUCUACCAUAAGUCGCCUCCAAAGUCGUUUUAGAGAAUUUGGCAGUACGUCCAACCAGCCUCACAACUGCAGACUGUAACCACGCCAGCCCAGGACCUCCACAUCCAGCAUAUUCACCUGCGGGAUCAUCUGACACCAGCCACCCAGACAGCUGAUGAAACUGUGGGUUUGCACAACUGAAGAAUGUCUGCACAAACUGUCAGAAACCGUCUCAGGGAUGCUCAUCUGCUUGCUCGCCGUCCUCACCAGGGUCUUGACCUGACUGCAGUUUGGUGUCAUAACCGACUUCAGUGGGCAAAUGCUCACCUUCGAUGGCCACUGGCACGCUGGAGAAGUGUGCUCUUCACGGAUGAAUCCUGGUUUCAACUGUACUGGGCAGUCAGAUGUAUGGCACCAUGUGGUCGAGCGGUUUGCUGAUGUCAACGUUGUGAACAGAGUGCCCCAUGGUGGCGGUGGGGUUAUGGUAUGGGCAGGCAUAAGCUACGGACAACGAACACAAUUGCAUUUUAUCGAUUGUAAUUUGAAUGCACAGAGAUACCGUGACGAGAUUCUAAGGUCCAUUGUCGUGCACAUCAUCUGCCGCCAUCACCUCAUGUUUCAGCAUGAUAAUGCACAGCCCCAUGUCGCAAGGAUCUGUACACGAUUCCUGGAAGCUGAACAUUUCCCAGUUCUUCCAUGGCCUGCAUACUCACCAGACAUGUCAUGCAUUAAGUAUGUUUGGGAUGCUCUGGAUUGACAUGUAUGGCAGUGUGUUCCAGUUCCCGCCAACAUCCAGCAACUUCGCACAGCCAUUGAAGAGGAGUGGGACAACAUUCCACAGUCCACAAUCAACAGCCUGAUCAACUCUGUGAAAGGAGGCAAAAGGUGGUCACACCAGAUACUGACUGGUUUUCGGAUCCACGCCCCUACCUUUUUUUUUAAGGUACAGAAUCUGUGACCAACAGAUGCAUAUCUGUAUUCCCAGUCAUGUGCAAUUCCAUAGAUUAAGGCCUAAUUUAUUUAUUUCUAUUGACUGAUUUCCUUAUAUGAACUGUAACUCAGUAAAAUCCUUGAAAUUGUUGCAUGUUGCGUUUAUAUUUUUGUUCAGUGUACAUGUACAUAUACAUCAGUUUCAUGUUCAUAAGUGGAUGCAACAGAAAGCAUUUUCAAAUGUUUUGCAACAGAAAACAACAUUUGCAUCCCAGGUCCAGGUAGCCCCGCCCUUUUCCUGUCUGUUUUCUUCCAUUUGGUGCCUAAUGAACACGAUCCUGGUGGUCUCCAUAGUAAUUACAAAAGCAGUGACUGUGGCAAUCAAAUAUAUCUCUAAACAUUUACUCAUAUUGAUGUAAACCUCAAAUGAACAGGACAGAGACGGUCAUUUUGACAUCAUGUGAAUUUAAAAUUGUGAUAUUUCUGCAAUCUUUUAAGUAAUGUCCUGCUCCGUCCUUGGCUUUUUGUAAAUAAGUAUAUUUACAGUGCCUUCAGAAAGUAUUCAUACCCCUUGACUUAUUCCACAUGUUGUUGUGUUACAGCCUGAAUUCAAAAUUGAUUAAAUAUUUUAUUUUUCUCACCCAUCUACACACAAAAUGAGAAAGUAAAAACAUGUUUUCCUGGGUAAGUCUCUAAGAGCUUUCCACACCUGGAUUGUUCAACAUUUGCCCAUUAAUUUUCAAAAUUCUUCAAGCUCUGUCAAGUUGGUUGUUGAUCAUUGCUUUUUACAUUUUACAUUUUUAGUCAUUUAGCAGACGCUCUUAUCCAGAGACACAUUUAUUUAUUUAUUUUAUACUGGCCCCCCGUGGGAAUCGAACCCACAACCCUGGCGUUGCAAACGCCAUGCUCUAUCAACUGAGCUACAUCCCUGCCGGCCAUUCCCUCCCCUACCCUGGACGACGCUGGGCCAAUUGUGCGCCGCCCCAUGGGUCUCCCGGUCGCGGCCGGCUGCGACAGAGCCUGGAUUCGAACCAGGAUCUCUAGUGGCCACUGCGUCACUCAGGAGUACAUUGCUAGACAACCAUUUUCAGUUCUUGCCAUAGAUUUUCAAGUAGAUUUAAGUCAAAACUGUAACUCGGCCACACAGGAACAUUCACUGUCUUCUUGGUAAGCAAUUCCAGUGUAGAUUUGGCCUUGUGUUUUAGGUUAUUGUCCUGCUUGAAAGUGAAUUCAUCUCCCACUGUCUGGUGGAAAGCAGACUGAACCAGGUUUUCCUCUAGGAAUUUGUUUAUUUUUUUCCCCUGAAAAACUUCCCAGUCCUUAACAAUUACAAGGAUACCAAUAACAUGAUGCAGUAUUGCUUUAGUGCUUUGUUACAAACUGGAUGCAUAUUUUGUAAAAAAAUAUAUUUUUUUUUUGCACAGGCUUAUUUUCACUCUGUCAAUUAGGUUAGUAUUGUGGAGGAACUACAAUGUUGAUGAUCCAUCCUCAGUUUUCUCCUGUCACUGCCAUUAAACUCUGUAACUGUUUUAAAGUCACCAUUGGCCUCAUGGUGAAAUCUCUGUGUGGUUACCUUCCUCUCCGGAAACUGAGUUAGGAAGGACACCUGUAUCUUUUUAGUGACUGGGCAUAAUGAUACACCAUCCAAAGUGUAAUUAAUAACUUCACCAUGCUCAAAUGAUAUUCAAUGUCUGCUUUUUUAAUCUACCAAUAGGUGCCCUUCUUUGCGAGGCAUUGAAAACCUUUCCUGGUCUUUGUGGUUGAAUCUGUGUUUGAAAUUCACUGCUUGACUGAGGGACUUCACAGAUCAUUUUAUGAGUGGGGAACAGAGAUGAGGUAGUCAUUCAAAAAUCAUGUUAACUCUAUUAGUCCAUUCAACUUAUGUGACUUGUUAAGCAAAUUUUUACUCCUAAACUUAUUUAGGUUUGCCAUAACAAAGGGGUUGAAUACUUACUGACUCAAGACAUUUGGGCUUUUCAGUUUUAAUUAAUUUGUUAAAAUUUAGAAAAACAUAAUUCCACUUUGAUAUUAUGGGGUAUUUUGUGUAGGCCAGUAACAAAAACUCUAAAUGUAAUCAAUUUUAAAUUCAGGCUGUAACACAACAAAAUGUGGAAUAAGUCAAGGGGUGUGAAUACUUUCUGAAGGCACUGUAACACAAUGACUUUGUUAGAAGUUUGAAAUCACAGAGUUAUUAGCAGUUUUAGGAGGACAUGUCAUAUUUCCCCCCUGCCCUUCCUUCAUCCGACAGCUGGUUGCCCAUCUGAUAAUGGCCCAUCGAAAACGACAUUUCACACAUAUAAUAAUAGAUGAAGCCUAAAGACAAUAUUAAAUUGGCAAUAGUCUGAUGGGUGACAAAAUAAUCAACAUCAUGUAAAGUAUAUCUAAAAGUGUAGAGUCAUCUACCAUUAGCAAUUGAGGGAGAAAUGGGAUUGUGUCGCCAGUGGAACCAAUGCGGAAACAGUCCCAGAGGAAACCAAUGAUGGUCAUUUAUUAUUUUGUCCUGCAGUAAAUAACAUCUCUAUUUGUCUCAGAUUAAUUUAGAGCGUAUCAACAUAUGCAUUUGGAAUAGUGGAUAUAUAGUAUCAAAGAGAAUCAUCUAGAGCUUUUCCAGUCCUUAGAAAAUAAUAGUACCCUCACUGAUAUUCCCAUUUCUUUCCUCCAACAGGUGAUUGUUUGGGGAAACUACGGACGCAUGGAUCGUAAAUGCUUCAUGGGUGUUGCCCGCAUUUUAUUGGAGGAGCUGGAUUUGACGAGCAUGGUGAUUGGCUGGUAUAAGCUUUUCCCCACCUCGUCCAUGGUGGACCCCACGAUGGCCCCGUUGAUAAGGCACUCUUCCCAGCUGUCCUUGGAGAGCACCGUGGGCCCAUCCUUUGAACGCUCU